UCCAUCGGGCUGCAUCCGGCUGCGGGAGUGGAGGCCUGGGCAGCAUGACGACGGAAACCUUUGUGAAAGAUAUCAAGCCAGGACUUAAGAAUCUGAAUCUCAUCCUCAUUGUGCUAGAGACAGGCCGAGUGACCAAGACAAAAGAUGGACACGAAGUGAGGACCUGCAAAGUAGCAGACAAAACAGGGAGCAUCAAUAUAUCUGUUUGGGAUGAUGUUGGCAACCUGAUCCAGCCAGGGGACAUUAUUCAACUCACUAAGGGGUACGCUUCAGUGUUUAAAGGCUGUCUGACACUCUACACUGGCCGAGGGGGUGAUCUACAGAAGAUCGGAGAAUUCUGUAUGGUCUAUUCUGAGGUCCCCAACUUCAGUGAGCCAAAUCCUGAAUACCGUGCCCAGCAGCUCCCCAGCAAAACGGUACAGAACGACAGCACUUCUGCCGCUUCCCAGUCUCCAGCUGGCCCUCCUGCUGGCUCUCCAGCCUCUGAGAGUCAAAAUGGGAACGGCCUAAGCACCCCUUCUGGCCCAGGCAAUGGCUCCCAUGCACCCCAUGCCCCUUCUCACCCUAUCAGCACCCGAGUUACUCGAAGUCAGCCUAGCCACACACCUGCUGACCCUCCAGGUCCCUCCUCCACCCCCAUCAGCAACGGCAAAGAGACUCGGAGGAGCAGCAAGAGAUAGCAAGACACCCUUCUUACCGAAGACAACCCUUCCAUGUAUCUCCCCACCGGGAGCAAAGACUGUCCAUUGGGAGCUAGCAGCAUGUGUGUGGUGUGGGGACAUAUUCUCGCCUCAGACUUUCUGAGGUGAUGUGUAGGGGGGCAGUCAUUUCUCCCCCUUCUUCCCUGCGCCAACCCCCCUACUCAAGCCAGAGUACCUUGUCUCCUGAGCGCUCCAAACCACCUCUGCCAUUUUUAGAAACCAAACUUGGGGUGAGUAUGUUAAAUGUGUGUGAUAUAGGGGACUUCCCUAAU